UGUCAUAAAGUUGCAUAUAGCUGGCAGUGUAUAAAGAUAAUUCAGAUUUUAUACUCUGAGGCCAGCGUUGUCCAUUCAGAGAGAGCCCAGAGCUACAAAACAUGGUCUUCACCACCACCACCUCAAGCUCUGCUGGUCGAUCUCCAUUUUCAGGAACGCUGCUGUUGGGCUUCAGUUUCAUGUCAGAAAUCCUGAUCUGCCUUCCAAAAAUAAGCUGCCGCCAUGCUGAAGGAAGAAAAACAAGAAGGGCGGUAUUUUUAGGGUCAUUAAUUGGGACCACGUGCCCAGGAGGUGAACCGGAUGGCUAUUGCGCAAAGGUGGCUCAUCACUAUGUGCUACGAGGCCAGCACUCACUGGAAGUUGUCUGCGAUUGUUCUCUUGGGGUUUGUGGUAGGGAUUGUAUCAUCAUACCCAAUUCCAAGCAGGACUAACGAAGCAUUGUUGGAGAGGAGAUGGGAAGCUAUGUUUUCCCGGUCUAUUCUUGGGAUCUCAGGGGAGAACUCAGAACUGAACUGGGAGAGUGACUAUUUACUGGGGAUUAAGAGAGUGCGGAGGCUUUACUGCAAUGUGGGCAUCGGGUUUCACCUGCAGGUCCUCCCAGAUGGAAGGAUAAACGGAAUCCAUACUGAAAACCAGUACAGUCUAAUAGAAAUCUCAACAGUAGAGCGAGGAGUUGUCAGCUUGUACGGGGUGAAGAGUGAGCUGUUCGUAGCAAUGAAUACCAAAGGACGGUUAUAUGGAACGGUUGUUUUUCAUGAGGAGUGCAAGUUCAGGGAGAUCCUGCUUCCCAACAAUUACAAUGCAUACGAGUCCUCAGCCUACAGAGGCUCCUACAUUGCGCUCAGCAAGCAUGGGAGAGUCAAGAGGGGAAGCAAAGCCUCGCCUUCCAUGACAGUGACACACUUUCUUCCAAGAAUAUGAAGAAAGAAGCCAUCUGCAAUUAAAUUUCCCAUAACUUGCACAUGUUAUAUCCUCCCAGGUAAAACAAAAAAUAUAUAUUCAUAGUAUUUAUUUUGUCAUUUGAUAUGUAUAUUUGGUUAGUUCCAUUGGUAUUAGACUUUGUAUAUGCUAUAUUUUGCUGCUUAUUGUAUGUUAAUAUUAUUAUUAAUACCUAAGGGACUUAACAUUGGUCUCUUCACUUUCUAUAUGGGUGUGCACCAUGACUGGUAAAUAAAUUUAUCCCUGUCACAAGGAUGAGAAAUACCCUUAGCUUUUACAAGUGCAAUGGAUACUUUUUAUUACCUCAAAUAGUACCCUCCUCUGAAAGCAUACAUGAAGAUACGAUGAAUGGAAUGUGCAUUUACUUCUAGUCAUUUAAGAAGACUCGGUUUUCUUCCCAUACCACAGGGAAGUGCCCCAGGCAGAUUCCUUUUGGAUUUGGCUUAAUUGACUGUGCAAAAACCGCAGGUUGUCUUUAAAAGUGCAUUUUAAUACUGUAGCCACAAAACAAAGUUCUAGAGAAAGUAGCUUGAUACAUCAUUUACUUCUUAGGUUCUUAACACUGCAAUACAGAAAACUGGAACAACAGAAUAGCAAAUGACAAGAUAUACAACCACCUUGUCAAGGAUAUGAAUAACACAUCACAGGUCUCGAGUCCAUGAACGCAUUGGUCACUAUGAUCCAGCACAUCAUAGCGAAAUCCUAUUCAUGGUUUCAAUAAAACAGUUAAAGUGGUUCCCAAGAUAUAGUUUUCAUAGCUCAGACUAUGAGCUACACAUUCGCCAAUGCAAAGUUCCACCAAAUGUAGACAAGCACUUCUCAAGAUAGAGCCAUUAAAAAUCAGAAGCUUAAGAAUCAAGGGUUAAAUAUACAUGUAUGCAUUAUUUUUGCAGUGUAUAAUUACAUGCAAAGGCUGCUCUUUGCUUUACCUUGAAAUAGACAUCCUUUUGUUACUGAAAAAAGCCUAUUUUAAUCUAGAAAAGACUUAUGGGACAACAUAUGUGGAACAUAUUGUUUUUACAACCAUGUAGGAUUGCCAGUGAUGCAUUGGUAUAGGCUCCUUCCCAAAUACCUGAGAAGUCCCUACAAAAAGUCUGUCAAUUGGAGCCUUUAAAUUCCUGCAAAUUCCCAUUUAACCCAUUUUUAGUACAAGGUUAUGAAAUGUGUUCUUUGGUAGAGCAUUAGCGCUUCUGGUUCCAAAGGUAAUAUUACUAGGUGCUACAGUGUAGCCCAUUCCCAGAGUCUGUGCAAGCUUGAGGGCAAACACAUUGCUACCUGUGGCUCUAUUUCAGAGCAAGCGCUAAAGCAAAGCUAGAUUUUCUUAGAGGAAUGCAACAAUUACAAUGACAAAAAAAACAAUAAUUGCCAUUUACAAGAAGGUGUAGUCGAAUUUCAGUUCCUAGAGGUUUAUUUAGCUAAAAUGAUUUAUUGCUUUAAAAUAGGACCCUGAUGUGUUGACAUUUAAACAAGAGUAUAUUAAGCACGUUUAGUAGGAAGCAGUUGAAGCUCCUGAAAGAACAUGUUUUAUUACCAACUGUUAUCUGGAGUGCCUUCUUUAAGCAACUCGGGUAUCACGAGCAGGUAGACAUUGUUGAAGGAAUACGUAUAUAUUGUAAUUUUUGAAAUGGUAGCUUUUUACUGUAACUUGUGCCCAAUCACCAUUUAGUUAUGUUAGUUGAAUGUGACUAUAUAUAUAUAUAUAUAGUCAGUGGAUAAAUGGGAGGAGUUUUAACAGCUGGAUUAUAAAAACUAUUACUAGUAUUGUUUAUUGUUACAGUAAUAAUGUUGUGGGUUCAAAUAGAUGGAGUGUGGAAUGAGUUUUGUAGACAAGUGUUGCCAUGGAUUGUUGUAUUAUGAGAGAUUUUUGGCUUUUAUUGUAUGAACACCAUGUUAACGGAAACAGCAAAAAAACAUGUUACAUACGUAAUUAAGCAACAGUACCAUCACUGAAGGGCAAUACAAGGUCAGCUACCAAGGUAAUGUUCUCAAAAAAAUAUGUGCCCCUGCAAUUAGUUGCGAGAUUAUACUGAUAUAAGGUAAAGAGAUAAGGGAACGUGUAGAUUUGUGUAGGUGGUGCAGAAAUGAUGGCAUGCUGAAUGUGAGAUGUUCUGUACAAUGUAAGAGGCUGAAUGACUGCUAUGUAAAACAGCCAGGUGGUGUUUACAUGAUGCCCACUUUUCCAAAAGAGUUUGUUGUCUCAGUCCUCAUUGAGCCCUGAGAAUUGAUGAUAUUUUGGUGCUUAAAGUAAAUAUAUCUAUCAAAAUAAUGAGUUAUAUAUUACCAUUAUUCAAUGUAAGUGAGUUGCUUGUGGGAGUUUGAGUCCUUGUAGGUAAAACAAUUCAGAAUGUUUUGGGUUUUUUUUAGACAAUGACUCUUCCUGAAAACUCAGACCCUCAGAAGCAAGACACAAUGACUUGUCUUUGAGUACCAGUCACUGCUAUUGCUAUAACUGACAUGUUCAGUGUUAACUGGAAGUGUAGCACUGAUGCACCUACAAGGAGCAUUUGAUAAUUGUUCUACAUAAGAACAUAAGAAAGUUUACAAAUGAGAGGAGCCCAUAUGGCCCAUCUUGCUCAUUUGGUUGUUUGUAGCUUAUUGAUCCCGGAAUCUCAUCAAGCAGCUUCUUGAAGAAUCCCAGAGUGUCAGCUUUCCUUGCAGAGAAGAACUGGUGUAUUACCCUGACGAAACAUUAGCAGAACAGUAAGCACACUACAGUAUUAUCAGCAGAGGCAACACAAUGGAUUUGGAGCUAAUAUUGUACACUGGUCCAUUGGUACCACCAGUGUGUAUUGGAUGUUGAUUUCAUUAGUAUAUGAAAAUUGGAAAAUGUCACUGUCACUGCUUGUUUGCUACCAUUACCCCUUUGUACAAAACUAUUAAAGGUCAUGAGCAAACAAUUAUUGAAUUUCCACAAUUCAAUCCCAAAGACUGUUAAAGUUGUAUUGUUGCUAUUGCAUGCUAUUGCUUGAAGCGAGCUGGGUCGUGUGCAAUCCAAAGCAGCCUUUGUAUACCUCAUUUGUGUGUUAUAUUCCUGCACAGUGAAAGUGUGCGAUUUCAAAUGUCCUUUUUUUUUUUUGGUUUGUUGCUAAGAUAUACCUCACCUUCUGCAUUAGUACUGAUUUGUAAUUAUGAUUGUA